AUGAAAGGUGUGAAGAUUCCACAAACAAUGAAGCUUCUAGUCGUCUCUGCAGUGUUGUUGCUUUUCAUUUCUGUCCAUACUUACGCUGACGAUGACAGCGAAGAGUCGGACUCGGGAACCACUCCAAAUCCUGAGGAAUUUACUCCUGAUCCGGAGGAUUCCGAUUCCGAUUCAUCAACUGACCCUCCAACUGAGUUUGAGAACGUCGAACCCGAGUCACAAGCUGAUUCUACUCCUGCGCCAGAGAAUCUCGAACCUGAGUCCUUAAAAGAUUCUACUCUGGCGCCCGAGCAACUCGAACCUGAGACAUCAGCUGAUCCUACGCAAUCCCCUGAGAAUAUCAAACCCGAAUCUUCAGUGGAUACAACUGUUGCGCCGAAAGAGGUCAAGCAAGAGUCCGAGGCCUACCUUCCUUCUAUCGGCCAAACAUUUGUUGAUGUACCUUCCACUCUCAACAAUCCAAAACAAGCUGAUAUGUCACAAAGCGGAAGUUAUCCUGACCAAGCCUCAUCUUUGUAUAGUUCUACAAAUGAAGUAGUGUCCAGCGCGGAUCAAGCAUCACAAUACCUGGAACAGUCCGCCCCAUCCACCGCCCUGGAAUCUGUGGCCGACUCCUCCUUUUCUGCAGGCUUCCCUAUUUCAAGAGACACGAUGACAGUGGAUAUGUCUCAACAAAACGUGGCGAAUUCAUUCAUCGCAUCGUCGUCAGGACUCGAACCGUCAGCUCAAACCGCUGAACCCUCUGUUUCCGCAAACUCUAUGUCCUCUGCCGUUGAGAUCACACCCAAUGCUUUUUCCCCAAUAGCCGAACCCGUAGUUCAGAUUGAGGUGUCGGCGUCGGACGUACUCUCCAGUGGGAUCCCAGUCGGACCCGUCCUUGAAACAGUCCCCGCCCAACAGUCGUCUACGGGGUCAUUGAACUAUGAAUCACAAUUCAACUCAAACCCUGAUCCCACUAUCAACGUUGUAUCGCAGCCUCCUGAGGCCAGUCCGUCUUCUAGCGCCAUCUCCUAUCCCUCUCCUUCCGACCCCGUCGUGGAAGCCCCGCCAAACGCAGUCUCAUCCACAGCAGAGGUGACCUCUAACCUUGUAGUUUCAGAACCAUCAGGGCCAAGUUAUUCCUCGAUGGCAGAUUUUUUAACGGGUCAGAAAUCAGCGACAUCCGUUCCCGGUUCCGCUAAACCGGUGACAAAGAUUCCAGUGACCACCGAUAUCCCAACUAUCCAGGAGCCACCCAUGGUUACCACUCCGAGGAAACCACCAACGCCACCAGCUACUAAAGCUGUUCACACAGUGUCAAAAAUUACCAAGAAAGUAAAUCGUAUUAUCAAUUUUCAACGUCAGAAGUUUACCUUUUAUCGCUGCCAGACAACGUGUCUAGUGGAAUCCAUCCGGUGCAUGCGCAGUUGUCGAACAAACACGACGUUUGUAUUGUACAAAGAUAACUAUCUGAAGUGUGGACAGAAGUGUAGGGUCAGGCAAUACCACUGUAAGAAACUGUGUAAAACAGAGCUGACGCGGGAGAGAACCGAGCAGAUCCUACAGCUUCGGGGCCGGCGAAGGCACUAGAGUCGGCGCAAUCGUUUACUGACGCUAAAGGUGUGAGAGAAAAUUCGGGUCGUUUGAACAAUCUUGUGUUGCUUCCGUGAUUGUAAAAGAUUGCGUUGCGUUGGUCAGACACGCAUCUUGUUGCUGCUUCCUGUUGUGUUGGUUGUUGCAGAGUAAACAAGUCAGUAUUAAUUGUGUAUGCAGUGUAUGCAAUGUGAAUAACAAAUAUGUACCGAAUUGUGUU